CAAGCUGGGAUUAUUGGCAGAUGUCACCACACCUACCUUGCCCUUCUAAUCUCCCUCUCCUAAACUGUCUAUGAUAGAAGGUGGUGGUUCAGACUCUCCCACAAAGCGCUUACAGGAAGGGCCUCUGUGCCCACGAGGUCAAAUUUUUUUGAGGAAGAAACAAAAGAGAAACUUGAGAUAGCAGAUGUGGAAAGGCACUAGCCGACUCCGGCCCAGCCCACCUGUCCUCAGACCGAAUCAGAUGUCAUGGCACCCCCAGUAUCGCAGCUCCAAGUUCCGACAUGUCUACGGCAAGCCCGCCAGCAAAGAGAAUUGCUACGACUCGGUGCCCAUCACACGAAGCGUCCAUGACAACCACUUCUGUGCCGUGAACCCCCACUUCAUCGCUGUGGUCACUGAAUGCGCUGGUGGGGGGGCCUUCCUCGUCAUCCCCUUGCACCAGACGGGAAAGUUGGAUCCUCACUACCCCAAGGUCUGCGGGCACAGAGGGAACGUCUUGGACAUCAAGUGGAAUCCUUUUGAUGACUUUGAGAUUGCUUCCUGUUCUGAAGACUGCACGAUUAAGAUCUGGAACAUUCCCAAGCAGUUGUUGGCAAGGAACCUCACAACCUACAGGAAGGAGCUGGUGGGCCACUCGCGCAGGGUCGGGCUGGUGGAGUGGCACCCCACGGCCGCCAACAUCCUCUUCAGUGCCGGCUAUGACUACAAGGUGAUGGUGUGGAACCUGGACACAAAGGAGUCUGUAAUUGCAAGCCCCAUGAGGACAAUCACCUGUCACCAAGAUGUGAUCCUCUCCAUGUCCUUCAACACCAAUGGCAGCCUGCUGGCCACCACCUGUAAGGACCGCAAGAUUCGGGUUGUUGACCCCCGACGAGGGAUCAUCCUCCAGGAAGCCAACUACAAGGGACACCGGGCCAACAAGGUACUGUUCCUGGGGAACCUCAGGAAGCUGCUAUCCACGGGCACAUCCCGCUGGAACAAUCGGCAGAUGGCCCUAUGGGACCAGGACAACCUUUCCAUGCCCCUCACAGAGGAAGACCUGGAUGGCUCCUCGGGUGUCUUGUUUCCCUUCUACGACUCAGACACCGGCAUGCUGUACAUCGUGGGGAAGGGAGAUGGGAACAUCCGCUACUACGAGGUGAGCACGGAGAAGCCUCACCUGACUUACCUGACUGAGUACCGCUCUUACAACCCACAGAAGGGGAUCGGUAUCAUGCCAAAGAGAGGUCUCGACGUGUCGUCUUGUGAGAUCUUCCGCUUCUACAAGCUGAUCACCACUAAAAGCCUCAUUGAGCCGGUGUCCAUGAUUGUUCCCCGGAGGUCAGAAUCCUACCAAGAGGACAUCUACCCACCCACGGCAGCGGCCCAGCCCUCCCUGACAGCUUAUGAGUGGCUCAGCGGAAUAAAUAGAGAACCUAUCAUGAUGUCCCUUAGACCCGGGUCCGAGCUCUUGGACUCCCAGCCAGUGCCUCCAGAGAGACCCAUAUCCAAGUCUGUGGCCCAGGUUUCACCCCGGCCCUUAGAAGCCAUGGCCCAGCCAGUUACAGGUGGUGGCCAGCCACCCUGCUCUCUGCUGGAAGAGAAGACGCCGAAGUGGACCACAGAGCAUCGGCUGGAGGAGAAGUCCUGGCUCACCAAUGGCUUUGAUGUUUUUGAAUGCCCCCCACCAAAGACAGAAAAUGAGCUGCUGCAGAUGUUCUACCGGCAACAGGAGGAGAUCCGGAGGCUCCGGGAGCUGUUGAUCCAGAGAGAGGUCCAAACCAAGCAGCUGGAACUUGAGAUCAAAAACCUGCGGAUGGGCUUAGGACCCUUCUGAGCAGACGUCUCUGCCAUCCUCGCCCUCAGGGACACGGCUAGGCUCUGUGGGGAGGUCCUGAACCGAACCACAGGUCCCCGAGAAGAACCACUAUUUAUAUAUUUUAUACCAGAAAAGAAAACUCUCAAUGGCUGAAGGAGAUCCCGGUGGGACUUGGUGCCCUCUCCUCUUGCCUUCUCUCUCAGCUGCAGUUUCUGUCCUGGCUGGUUUAGACUCUACCCUCUCAUCUGCUGAAUUCUGGUUUUAAGGGUUAGUGAGGAGCUAUGACCUCCCAGAGGGGAAAAGCUUGGUAGAAAGAUCUGGAAGGACUGGGUAGGUCAACCUGCCUGUGGUUUGCAACUCUGGCCAUUGAGUCGGGGGGAAGUUUUAGCCAGUGUGCUCACUCCACAGAGGUUCCCCAACAACUUCAGCCCACGCUAGAAUAUAUACUUUGACCGAUAAGUUAUUUAUUUAUAUAUUUUUUUUUUUUACAAAUUGGAAAACGACUGAUCUGGCUCAAUUACUUCAUUCUAUAGGUGAGGAAACUGAGGCCCAGAGAGAGGCAGGAGAAAUUUGCUUCCUAGAAAGGUUGGAUUAAGGUACUGUCUGUCCAGCUGGGUCUAUGACAGUGCUGUUCCCAAUCCCCACAGUAAGAUCUGCUGGUUCUGACCUCAGCUGUGUCCAGACUGACCCAAUGACCUCUUACCAAGUACUUGUCUCUCUGGGCUCAGUUUUUCCAUCUGAGCAAGGGGCAUGUUUGAAUGAGCUGCCCUCUCUGUGGCCUGCCACCAAAGACUUAGUCUUGACUGUGCCUGUGGGUCGAUGACCUGGGUAUAAUACAGAAACUCACACACUGGUUGAGGGACUCAAUCUGAGGGGAAGCAGUGAAGAUUUGGCUCAAUUCUAAACCACAGACAGUGGCCAAACCCAUCCUUCCAACCAGAAUCAGCCAGAUGUGGGUAGAUAGUUCCGUAGGUAGGGACACAGACUUCAGAGC